CCGCGGAAUUCUCAUAAGCCAUGUGUUUUAAUAAUUACUUUUAGUCUUUGUCUUUCAUACCACAAACUCGUGGAUGUAAUGUGAGUUGGUAAGAGCAAGGCAUUCCGAUAAACACGCAGACCCAUGAAAAACAGCGAUUCAACUUUUCAACAGAAAGUGAAAAACAGCGAUUCAACGAUUCAACUUUUCAUAGUUGAUUCACAUGCAGUGAAUAUCAAUUGCCAACAGAGGAUGCUACUGUGCAGUGUGACAGGAAGUCAAGUAUUAACUUGCAAAUCGUGAGCUUAAGCAAAGAGGAGUCAAAAGUCCGGUGGAGAUAGCUUUCCAAGGAGGACAAGUCGGACUAGGAGUGUUCAGGGGGAGGUCUGAGAAGUGGGGCUGAAAAACUUUUCUUUUCUAGGCUGGCGCGACACAGAGUGGGUUCUUCUUGAGUCUUGGACCCCCUGCCCAUUGGAAGACCAGGAUGGGACGAGAGGAGCCGGGGAGAAAGAUCUCUCCGGUGAAGAGCUUCGUCGCAGGAGGAGCUGCCGGAGCGUGCCUUUUAUUUGCUGGACACCCACUUGAUACGAUCAAGGUUCGCCUUCAAACACAACCCAAAGCCUCCCCCAGCCACCAUGUCCUCUACAGGGGCACGUAUGACUGCUUUAGAAAGACCGUGUCCAAAGAGGGAUUUCUGGGUCUUUACAAGGGCAUGGGGGCCCCUCUGGCCGGCGUCGCCCCGAUGAUGGCCAUCAGCUUCUUUGGCUUCGGCCUGGGAAAGCAGCUGCUCCAGUCUGACCCCAACAUCCCUCACACGCACUCUCAGAUCUUUCUGUCUGGUAUGUUGGGAGGAGUCUUCACCACCGUGAUCGUAGCACCUGGAGAAAGAAUAAAGUGUUUGCUUCAGGUUCAAUCUACCUCUGGUCAGUUAAAGUAUGCUGGGCCUGUGGACUGUGCGAUCAGGCUCUUCAAAGAGCAGGGCAUUCGCAGUGUUUACAAAGGAACAAUCAUAACUCUUAUCAGAGAUGUGCCUUCUAAUGGGUUAUAUUUCAUGACCUAUGAGUAUGUGAAAUGCCUACUAACACCAGAGGGUGAAAGUGUUCACCAUCUCAGCACUCCUAAAAUUAUCCUAGCUGGUGGAACAGCAGGCAUCUUGAACUGGGUUAUUGCUCUCCCUCCAGACGUAUUGAAGUCCAACUUCCAGACUGCUCCUGAUGGACGCUACAGGGGACUAAUAGAUGUUCUCAGGGAAUUAUUACGAGAAGAAGGGGCCCGUGGUCUUUACAAGGGCUUCACUGCUGUCAUGCUGAGGGCUUUCCCUGCAAAUGCGGCUUGUUUCCUGGGUUUUGAAAUGGCCUUGAAGGGCUUGAACUGGCUUGCUCCUAACUGGUGACCUCUGUGGCUCUGCGGAGACCUCCUUCCACAGAAUGCCUCACCUCAGCGCACAAUGGACAUGCCUACCAGCUCUCAUGCACUGACAGUACCUGUCAAUAAUACUUGUAUUGUUUAAAAGUGCAAUAUGUAGCUUUUAUACAAAAAAUGGUGUAGAGUUUCUUAAAAUGUUCUUCAGUAGAACUUCCCUCUUUAUUUCAACCAAUUGUUUGCAUGUAUUUGUGUUUUUCUGGGCCAGAGAUAUGUAGGCAAAUGUAUACAAAUGUUAUUGAAACAAAGAAACAAGUUGUGGAAUGUAUAGGGGAACUGACACAUGUAGCCUACCACCUUAAAGGUCCAAAAGAAUUGUAAUGUUUUCAGACCAGAAACUACGUGUUGCACUUUUAACAUUAACUACACUUUUAAUUGUACAGCUUGAAAAUGUAUAAUAUGUGCAUAUAUCAUUAUUUGAUAUAUAAUGUAUUAUAUUUAUAACUUAUACAUACUUUAGCCUAUAAAACAAACAACCAAAGUAUAUUUCUAGUCACGUGUCUAAAAUCUACAUGUUAAAGCAAUUGUGCCCAAAUCAUGUAAACUGAAUGUAUAUUUUUUAUCAGUCAAUCAACUGUUGAUUCAAUAUUUGAUGAAAGAGCUAAUGUGGAAAUAUUUUUAAAUGUCAUUUUUAUUUCAAA